AGUGUCGGCUGCAGGAAUGGGAAAUUUUCCAACAAGUCGAAAAAUUUAGACGAAAAGCCUCUUAUAGUGAGCCGUUGGAAGGAAUGGUGGUUAAGGUGCAGCAUCGAAAGCUGGUUUCGUUGGCCAAAACCGUUGCGGAAGGCUGAGCGCGAAGAUUGGAUGCAUGAUGGCACAUUUCACGAAGCGGUACGAGGAAUACUGACACUGGCUCAACUGUUCUCCAUCAUGCCCGUCUGCGGAAUACUUUCGAAGGACCCUCGUAAGCUGCGCCUGUCCUACACCAGCAUUAGAGCAUUUUACGCGUACUUUUGUGCGCUAGGUAUAUUAUUCCUAACGACGAUGUCAGUGUUCUUCUUCGCAAGCAAACGUUACCACUUCCAGAAGAUGGUGACAGCUUUCUUCUACUGCUACAAUCUGUACGGGAUGUAUCGCUUUUGGAAGCUGGCUAAGAGCUGGCCAGGGCUAAUGGUGAAGUGGACCCAAGUCGACGACUGCCUGCCCGCACAGAGGAACGAAUACGAUCGUACCAUUUUGGUGCAACGGAUUAAAGUGUGCUCCAUCCUCGUGAUGAUGCUAUCGUUAUCGGAACACUUGCUAUCGAUCGUGGCUGCCGUACACUAUUCAAAUAACUGUCCCGCCGUUCAUGAUCCUUAUGAGGCUUUUUUCAAAUCAAACUUUGCCUUCGUUUACUAUUAUUUUCGCUACUCGGCGUUGCGUGGUUUUCUUACCAAGUUUUUCAACGUAAUUUGCAAUUUUAUUUGGAGCUAUAUAGAUCUCUUUGUGAUCGUGAUCAGUAUGGGACUGUCGCAUUCGUUUCGUCGGGUUAACCAUUUUUUGAUCCAGCACAAACGUGAGGUAACCUUCGCCAAGGUGAGAUUUCACAAUCUUUCUUUAUUUAAAAAAACUAUCUUCCCUUUCUUUGUCCAAAGAAAAUGA